AUGAAGCGGAAUAGCAUUCAUUUCGAGGUCAAUGGCGAUGCCUCGUCCGCUUCUCCGCAAGGCGGCUUCACGCCCGAGGACCAUUCGCGCCCGCCGCUGCAUGUUCCGAAGAUCUCGCGGAGGAUACGUGCAUGCACGGAAUGUAAGCGACACAAGGUCCGGUGCGACAUGAAGACAGGUGAGUCGAGUUGCUCGCGGUGUCGACGCAUGGGGCUGGAGUGCAUUGUCAACAAGAGCCUCCAGACGCUAUUAGAGGAUGAAGCGGAGUGGAAGACCAUGAUCGAGCUCGCAAUGACGGACCUGCUUAGGAAGGCGCAAUUGCCGGAACUAUCAUAUUACCAAGCGGGUGGAGGAUCGACCGAGACACCGUCUAAGAAGCGCCUCCGGAAAGAGUCGACGGUUUCAGUCGAUGAUAUCAGCUAUGUGCUAGGAAAUAAGAAUACGUCGGCAGAUACACCGGCUGGCGGCGUGGCGACAGGAUCUAGCUCGUCAACCUAUACAUUUCCCCCACAGCAGCAGUCACAAUACUCUAUAGACCGUGAAGAGACAGCAGCCACCUCACUCGUGACCGCGCCGAUGGGGAGCUUGUAUGAGGUAACACAGCUGAGCGAGAACCGCGAGAGCUCGCCGACGCAACAAUACUCGCCCGAUCAGGCCCUGGUGACCGAUUUCAUUUCGCGCGGCGUGGUCGAUCUGCAAGAAGCGGAGGAACUCUUCUACCACUUCGACCAGGUGCUCAAUCGCUACCUGUGGGAUGGCGCAUUGCUACCGCAUAAAGAUCUCGCAACCGUGAGACGCUCGUCGUCCUUGAUGUCUGCUGCGAUUCUGGCCGUGACGGCCCUGCAUUUGCCCACCAAGGAACGGACGUUCGAUACCUGCUAUACGGAGUUUGCGAAGCUAGCAUCGGAAUCCAUGCUUGGACAUCAUCAUUCCUUGGAUGAUGUGCGAGCCUUGUGUAUCGGUGCUUUCUGGCUUGCGGAUGUAAGCUGGAAGCUUUCUGGAUAUGCAGUGCGCAUUGCCACAGAGCGCAAUUUACAUCAGUUUUAUCGUAAAGCUGUGCAAGGGUCGCCGGAGCACAAGGAGCAGGCGAGGCUGUGGUAUCUUCUAUAUACUCUUGAACAUCAUUUCUCAAUCGCAUACGGCCGACCUCCUAUCAUCCACGAAGACGCAGCAAUUACACAACACAAUACCUUUACACGGUCUCCAUCCAUUUCCCAAGGGGAUCUGCGACUGCACAGUCAGGUAGACUUGUUUAUCAUCCUCACCCGAAUUUAUACUGCUUUUGGGCCGGAUGUCGACCUUGAAGUAGCGGAGAGCGACUUUCCGAAGAUCGACGAAUUCGAUGCGGAUCUGGGCCAUUGGAAGUCAGCAUGGCUCCCUCGACUUGUCGGGAGUCGUCACGUCGGCGCAUACCCCUACAAAGCCGUGUACAUGCACUACCACUUUUCCCGACUUCAAUUAAACUCGGUAGCCCUCCGCACAUAUCAUUCCUCGACAUCGUCGCGAGAAAUGUCACCCGAACGUAGAAAGCGAGCCAACAUUGCCAUCGAAUCCGCCAUCGCCACACUCCAAGUUGUCCUCGACGAGCGAGAUAUCCAGCGAGCCCUGGUCGGCGUUCCUCUAUACCUGCACAGCAUGAUCACCUUCGCGGCCGUAUUUCUACUAAAGAUGGCCGCCAAGACCUGCUCAAACGGAACAAAUCCGCAAACCAACUCGAUCGCCUCGGCAGGCUUGCUCGUGGACAUCGAGUACGUGCGCGUGCUGGUCGGCCGCAUCGUCGAAAUGAUGGUAUCAUGCAGCCAGCGCGCCAGCGAGCGCCAUCUCAGCCAUCACAUUGCGCGCGGACUGCGCAAGAUGUUGACAGGCCUGGAGGAGUGGGAAAAGCGAAACGGCACCCAGCCUCCCAUCGGCCCGACGCCACAGGAAACAUCCUCGCUGUUCAAGCCGGUCAUUAUCCCCGGAGCUCAGAUCCUGGGUGAGCGUGAUACCAUCCUCAACCACCCACCGCCGCUUCUGGGCGUGGCGCCUCUCUCCGCCGAGCGCAGCAACGGCUUCGAGCCCGUGAUGGCACCGGGCAAGCCGGAGCCUGGGCUUUCGGAGGGUUCCAUGGACCCCAUGAUGGCGGAUCUGUGGGGGUUUGAUGAGGAGUAUUUCCCCACGGGGGUAUUCGAUUUCCUGCAAAGUCAGAUGCCUGCGUGA